AAGCCGCCUCAGCCCCCCAGCGUAGCCCCUCGGGUGGGCGAGGUCCUCCGCCCGACCUGCCUUAGCCGGUCGGAGCACCCACGCCUGGCCCCGGGGCGCCCGCAUAAAAGUCACAACCCGCGGAGGUUGGAAGCAGCCGUCGACUUGGGCUUUGGCCGGACGAGGAUGGAGUGACCAGCGCGGCCCUGGCCACACAGACCCUGCUCCACGCCCCUCGCCAGCCCGCACGACGGAGCGGAGCUCCACUCAGCCGCUCCAGGAAAGGAAGCCCAAGAACUCCGGAGUCCCGCAACUCUCCCCAGACGUCGGGAAGCAAAACGCGUCACAGGCAAAACGAGCUCGCUUGAGAGCGCCCUCAGCCCCGUGGGGCUGCUGCGCGCACGGCGCGGGAAGCUGCCAUGGACCGCGGCCGCCCAGCGGGCAGCCCCCUCAGCGCCAGCGCCGAGCCCGCGCCCCGGGCCGCCGCCAUCCGCGACUCGAGUCCCGGGCGGACUGAGCCGGGGCCGGCAGGCCCCGGGGGCGGCUCGCGUUCCGGGAGCGGGCGGCCGGCGGCGGCGAAUGCGGCGCGGGAGCGCAGCCGGGUGCAGACCCUGCGGCACGCUUUCCUGGAGCUGCAGCGCACGCUGCCGUCCGUGCCGCCCGACACCAAGCUGUCCAAGCUGGACGUGCUGCUGCUGGCCACCACCUACAUCGCGCACCUCACCCGCAGCCUGCAGGACGACGCCGAGGCGACGGCGGACCCCGGGUUGGGCGCCCUGCGCGGCGAUGGCUACCUGCACCCGGUCAAGAAAUGGCCCAUGCGAUCAAGAUUGUACAUCGGUGCUACUGGUCAAUUUCUGAAGCAUUCUGUUUCUGGAGAAAAAGCAAAUCAUGACAACACUCCAACAGACUCACAGCCUUAGGCUCUCCCCUGAUGGAGGCUGGUAGAAGUGGUGGCUAUUGUUUUUAAAUACUGUGACAUAAUUCUAUAUUUAUUAUAUGAGACAUAACAAAAUUUCUGAAAGUUUACAUGUGAACCCAUAGUUGGAUGUUCGGGUUUAUCUGUCUAAAUGUGGAAUGAAAUAAUCAGUGUUAUAUAAAACACACAGCUUAUCUGUUCAGUGUGAGAGUCACUACUAUAUAGUGCAAGAGAAAUUAUUAGAAAAAAGAAGUCACAUGAAAGCAAACAAUUGUGUAUAUAGCUAAAGAAUGCAAUAUAGAUAUUGCUAUAGUGUAUCUAUUACAAACAGAAAAGUUCAUAUCUAUUGGUGCAGUCUUCCUAGUUUAAAAAGAUAAAAAUCUGUGUUUAUAAUAUACCAGUAUUCCAUUUUUGUGAAAACCAUACUGUGCUUAAGUUGGUCUAAGAUGCCAUUUCAAUUGAAGAAAACUGUUGCAGUAAUAUGAUGGUGCAAUAAAUUCAAUAAGUAGUUAUUUUUCCCUCUUAGAAAACUUGCUUGGAGUAUUAGAAAUGGUUUGCUCAGAGGACAAACCAUUGGUCACCUUCCUAGAGGGUCAUUCUGUAUCUUACAGUGUUUGCAACUUGUGGAAGGCACUGGGAGUCCCUGCAGUCCAGUGUGAACAGGAGACCAGGUGUCAGCGGACAGCAGAGUUCACAAUGUAGGUGCAUGUCACCACACCUGGCUAAUUCUUUUAUUUUUUUGUAGAGAUGGAGUCUCACUGUGUCGCCUAGGCUACUCUUGAAAUCCUGGCUCAAAAAAUCCUCCCGCCUCACCUACCAAAGUGUUGGGAUUAUAGGCAAGAGCCACUGUGCCUGGCCCAGUUUUAUUGUUUUAAUGUGAAUAUACUCAUAAUGUGACAGAAGCAUAUCUUUUUGCAAGAAAGAUAUAUAAUAAAAGUUCUCUACAUAUUAAUAUGUAGAAAAGUACUUGCAUAUUUAAAUAUUUGUAAACAUAUUUACCUACUCAUGGAAAGAAAUAAAAAGUAAAAUGAGAUUUGGAUUCAGCCAUUCACUAUUAUAAGUUAUUGACAUAAGAAGUGCUAUAAAGAAUCUUUAUCCUAAGGAAUGAAAUCAAAACUUCCUUAAAGUUACCUCAAACUGAAUUGUAAACACUAAAUUUAACAGCAAGAAUUUCAGAAAAAUUAUUUUCUUGCUAACAAUUCUUAAGAUUUAUUAGUUUGGCUAGUUUUUAAAGCAUUUAACUGGGGGAAAAACUGUGUUGAAUAAUUAGACUUCUAAGUCAUCUUGUUAAAUGGUUAGUAGAGCUUUGCCUUUGAUGGUACUGCUUUUUAAUUCUUCUCAUCCAGUUACAAGUUGUGUUAAUGCCAAAGAAGUGUAUUUGUUACAGAUUUUUGUAACAUUUUAUUAAAUUGCUAGCUAUGGUGGUAGAUUUUGGUAUGUUGGAAAAUUACAGAGGAGAAAUUGCAUAUUUUCACUCAAAGAUUCAAAGGAGCAUGCUGUUUUAAUGCUUUAAUGGUGAAUGGUCACGAUAAGAGGUAUUUAUAAAAAUAAAGUACUAAUUUGAAAAUUA